AUGUCAGGUAGAGGUCAGGUGAGCGUAUUUACCACUUCGGCCAAUUCAUCAACUCAGAACUGCAUCAUGUGUAAUGCAAUCCAUGAUCUUUUUGGCUGCCAGGAGUUCAAAAACAUGAAUCCAGAUGACCGCUUUGAUUUUGCCUUCAAGAACAGAUUAUGUUUCAAUUGCCUCUUACCUGGCCAUAUUUCGUCUAGAUGCAACAUCAACAGAACCUGCACUGUUAGAGGAUGCGAUCAAAGACAUACAAAGUUUCUCCAUACUGGGAGAAGGAUGAAGUCUCCACAGCGCCCUACACUUUUCAGUGCAAGUGAUGCGUCUACUCAAACUGACAGCGAUGUAUCAUCCCAUGCCAGCUGUAGCGCCAUGGGGGCCGGAGUUAGCAGAAUCGCUCUUCCGAUAGUACCGGUCAUUGUUAGUGUCCCAGGUGAAGUAGGAGGAACUAUUGAGACCUUUGCUUUGUUGGAUUCUGGUUCCACAAACUCAUUUUGUCUACAGGAAAUAGCAGAGAAGAUCCAGACAAAGGGACGAAAGAAGAUCGUAUCAGUAUCUACACUAGAAGCUCCUAACCACACCAUGGAAUGCGAAGAAGUGAAGCUGAGUGUAAAAGGGUCUUCUGGUACAUCAAGCAAGAAGAUAGAAGCUGAGUUCCUUGCACGUCCAAGCCUGAAUAUCAGUGCAGUGAACAUGGCCACUGAAGAAGAUAUCUCCAGAUAUCAACAUCUUUUUGGUAUUGAUCUCCAAGUGACAACAGGAAAGGAGGUAUCUUUACUUAUCGGACAGGAUAUGCCCGAAGCUCUGAUGCCACUGGAAGUCAGAACAGGUGCUCCAGGUGAAGUCUAUGCCAUCAGGACAGCACUUGGGUGGACGUUAAAUGGACCACUAGGAAAUGAAAGUAAUCUACUGAUUCAUCAAGCUUCAUCUAACUUCGUUUUUGCUGCAGGAAACAUACCGCUGGGAGUCGAACCACGUCAAACUUAUAAGCUCGAAAGAGUUGACAGAGAUGAUAAUAAUUGCCAACUUCCAUCUCACACCCUAACUCAGGAUCUGCAAAAUAAUCCUCAAGUGACAAGCAGACAAGACUCCCUGAAGACUGAACUGGAUAAAAAUGAUUGUCUAUAUGCUAACUACAGGGAGGAGAUGAAGUAUAUGCUGGAAGACUCAUAUGCUAAAGUGGUUCUUGAUGCAGCUCCUGAGAAAUAUGAAGGUCUGAUAGAGCUUUUCUCCAAGAUCACAGGCAUCGUCAGCAGCAGGCCUCCAACAAGAGAACCACCAAAGGUCUAUGAUGAUGAAGAUGUGAAUUCGAAGCUCUUACUUCUGUUAGACAGGAAGCUACAGCUACUUCCAGAAGUAACAGUCAGACCAGAUGUCUCGAAGAUGACUCAGAGUUAA